UCAGAGUAGUGAUGUUCUGGCCUGGCUUGGCACAAAAGCCACGGCUUUGGGCUGGCUUUGGGCGGCUCUGGCUUUCUUAAACCCUGGGCCAAGCCAAAGCCCCCAAAGCCGGCUUGGCUCAGGCUUGGCUUGGCCCAGGCCGCAGCUUUUAGCAGACAAGAUACAUACUAUGGUAUAAGACAGGUAACGACAGUAGCUACAGGUAGCUAUGGCUCUUUUAAUCUAAAUCCGACUCAAUGACCACCCCACUCAGGCCAUCAUCCUCAUCCUCAA